AUGUCCUUAACGGGGCCAGCCAUGCGCACUGACCAGAGAAUACUGGCCAUCCUCGUAAUUGUGUUGGAUGUUGGUGUUGUGGGCGCGAGUGAUUCGAUCUGCGGCAACGCCAACGGUUGUUUGUUGAAUGGAAUCAUCAAGGAGAAGGAGAGAGGACAACGUAGUCUCAAAAAAUUCUGUGAGAAUUGA